AUGUCUGUUUCGCCUACAUCUGAUUCUGCUUCUGCACCUGCACUUGCACCGGAGAAAGCAUCUCGGCGCUGGUAUGACUGGUUUGCACCCGAGGACAGUCCCGAGGAGCGGAAGUUGAUCCUGAAGCUGGAUUUGUUGAUCGUCCCGUUUGCCUUUAUCGGAUACUGGUUGAAAUAUGUCGACCAAGCCAAUCUCAGUGAGUGA